GAUGCAUUCUCCGAUGUAUUGGGACUUAUUAAUGAAUAUGAAGACAUGAAAGCCUCGCCUUUAACCUGGGCGCAAAACUUACAGGCUCCCGCCUCCUCAGGGCCAUGGAGGGAGCAUUUGAAGGCUCCAUCACGACAACCCCUCCUCAAAAUCAGUUUACCCCAGACCCGGUGACCUGGCUCGAUAUCGUCGAUUUUGCCAAAUCGCACCCUCAGGAAUUCCAGUUAUCAUCUACGGCAACUGGUCUACGAUACUGUCAAUUCGCAUUGAAAGGUGUUCAGGUAGAAAUUGGUGAAGAUGACUGGAGGCUCAUCGUCUCCGGCGCUUUGGACAGGUUUAGACUUGUCCCACCUCAACCACUCGAAGAAGAUGAGACCGCCGAGCUCGCCACUGUGGAGAUUAUCGAGCAGCGGCUCCAGGUACUAAUCAAGAAGGCGGACGAGGUUGCUCGGAGAGCCCGUCAGCUUAAUUAUCAUCUCAGCGGCCGGAAGGCUUCCAUCCAGUCGCGGCAUCCAUCACAAUCGGGGUCGGCGUCGGGUUUCCAGACAGUGAACAACGUCCGACAAUCUGGCGUCAAUCCUGGCUACGAUCUACAUGCGGAUCUCCUGCAACAAUUCAUGGCACCAGCACCGCAGCCUCUCAAUCACCGAAUGUCUUCCACGGGAUCCCUCCCACCUACCCCAAAUCCAAUGAGCACCGCUUCCUCCACACCAAGGGCCAGUGUACAACAGCAGACGUUCAUGAACAGUAGCCGCCCAUCACCCAGCUAUACUUCAGAAUCGACUGUCCGCGACUGUGAGGAAGAAAACCGCACAUUAGUUGCUUCGAGAAUUGAAAAAAUGGCCCGUGGAGACGUCAUACGACCAUCCUGCGAUCGUUGUCGGAGGCUGAAAACACAAUGUAUCAAGCACCUUACCGCCUGUCAAGGCUGUACUAAAAAGCAUACUAAGUGCACGUGGAAGAAGCUGACAGAAGAAGAGUUGGCCGCAUUAAAAGUAGAGUUUGGAGGAGAAGGUGAUGAAGAUGAAGAGGAGACAAGGGAGGCGAUUUGGAAGAGCAACUUCGCCUCACCACACCAACCCCCGAGCACUGGUAAUCAUGUGGCCGCAAUGGACCGGGUUAGUGAGUCCAUCGGGAACCAGUCUGGGUCGCGAGUCGCCAUCAAUCGGCAGACAGAUGAGAUAUGGCGCAAAGGGCCCAGCAAUAUACCUAUCAAUAGGGAUGACACUAUGGAUAUUGACCCAAGCUCGCGCCAACGAUACCCUAUAGAAGAGACGGCGAGCUACACAACGACGCAAGGUGCAUGGCUGGAUUCUAGAAUCCGGCAGGUUGCUUCUGCAGCAUCAGCGCGUGCAGAUGCCGCAGUACAUGAAAACCAGCAUCGGCAAUAGUGAUGAUAAUUCAUUUAUGAAACAACGCGGAGAGCGUGUGCACACGUUACGAAAAUUAUGUACUUAAUCAAGACAGGCGCUCGAAACCAUAUACAUUCAUACGCCAAGGCGAGGUAAUCCCGUCGCCAACGUACAACUUGAUUGAGGGCCCUCUCCAUCAUGUCAGUCGGGUACCUAGGUAGAAUGCAGCACUGGUAGAGCAAGCGCAAAAG